AUGCAUCUGAUUCAGAUUUCAGCUCACCGGUGAGAAUUUUACAUCAGUUGAAGGCUCCAGAAUGGAAAUGAUGAAGAGGCAGCUUCUUUUGUUUUUUUUUAUUGGACUUCUUGCAGCUGUCCACUCCUCACCUGUAGGCGCUGUCAGUCAUAUUGCAAAACCAGAGAAGAAUAUGUUGAAUGAAGCCAAGACGGAAGGAUUCCUUGUCAAUGAGCAGACUGGCCCUUCAAAAACCAACACAACUUCUCAAGCGCCUCAAUUGUCGGAUGCCAUCCGAGAGGGCAGUGGUGAAACCCAAUCCUCUGAGCAGUCAGAAGGUAGUGGACAAAAUCCCAUUGGAACUUCAGCAGUCACCACACAGGAUACGUUACACACAACUGAAUCAGAUGAAGUGCCUGAAACCCCUGGAACCCCUCAAACAACACAACGGCCACAUCUGGAGUCGAUGACUGAGGCGAGUGGUGAAAUCACACCUUCUGAGCGGUUAGAAGGUAGUGAACAAAAUCCCAUUGGAACUUCGGCUGUCACCACACAGGAAACGUUACACACAAAUGAAUCAGACGAAGCGCCUGAAACCCCUGGAACCCCUCAAACAACACAACGGCCACAUCUGGAGUCGAUGACUGAGGCGAGUGGUGAAAUCACACCUUCUGAGCAGUUAGAAGGUAGUGAACAAAAUCCCAUUGGAACUUCGGCUGUCACCACACAGGAAACGUUACACACAAAUGAAUCAGAUGAAGUGCCUGAAACCCCUGGAACCCCUCAAACAACACAACGGCCACAUCUGGAGUCGAUGACUGAGGCGAGUGGUGAAAUCACACCUUCUGAGCGGUUAGAAGGUAGUGAACAAAAUCCCAUUGGAACUUCGGCUGUCACCACACAGGAAACGUUACACACAAAUGAAUCAGACGAAGCGCCUGAAACCCCUGGAACCCCUCAAACAACACAACGGCCACAUCUGGAGUCGAUGACUGAGGCGAGUGGUGAAAUCACACCUUCUGAGCAGUUAGAAGGUAGUGAACAAAAUCCCAUUGGAACUUCGGCUGUCACCACACAGGAAACGUUACACACAAAUGAAUCAGACGAAGCGCCUGAAACCCCUGGAACCCCUCAAACAACACAACGGCCACAUCUGGAGUCGAUGACUGAGGCGAGUGGUGAAAUCACACCUUCUGAGCAGUUAGAAGGUAGUGAACAAAAUCCCAUUGGAACUUCGGCUGUCACCACACAGGAAACGUUACACACAAAUGAAUCAGACGAAGCGCCUGAAACCCCUGGAACCCCUCAAACAACACAACGGCCACAUCUGGAGUCGAUGACUGAGGCGAGUGGUGAAAGCACACCCUCCUUACCGUUUGAUGGCAUCUCUGAAACCAGAGCUGUGAGCAUCACUAGUGUCCUUCCAGAAGAUUCCCCCUCAGAUUCAUCCACCAUCCAAACCACUCACUCUAGGUUGACUGAUCAACCAGAGCUAAAAUUUGACAAAAGUGUUAUCUUAAAGGGAGAACUUCCUCCUCAGAAAGCUAUCACAGACGACAGACAUUUAGAUAGUUCCGAAAGCAAAACUACUUCAAAAACAACACACUCUAGGGCUGACUGGCUCAUCAUCCUUGGAAUAGCUGUUGGUAUUGUUGCAUUGCUAGGGCUAUGUGUUGCUGUGGCUACAAGAGACAAGUGGAAUAAAGAUUCAUCAUCAGGUUCAGUGGAAAAGUCAAACCUCCUGAACCAGGAGAGGGAGCAAGAGAUGCAGACUUUCCUGCACAAAAACAAGCCAAAAGAAAACGGACAGAUCGGAGAAUACACAGUCAUACCGCUGAAUGAUAUUCCAGAGAAAUACUUUUCAAACUGAGAUGCAGAAAAACUGGACAAUGGACUCAUCAGACAAACACAAGGCUGUGAUUGAAGUUAUUGAACUAUAAUGCAGAAAGAGACCCUUUUACUCUCCGUUUUGGUGGAAUCUCAGAUUUCUGUGUCUUGUCUAAAAGAAAACUUUGACUUGGUCUCUUUCUUGCUGCGAUACAAAAAAAACCUCUUGCCCAAAACAAUACUGUUUUAUUCUCUCCCUCCAAUUGUGCAGUUAUAUUUAUUUCCACUUCACGUUUUCAAUGACUUGCAGAUGAGAAAAUUCAGCCAAACAAUACUGCACAGGAUUUUAAUUUAAAUUCAGUUUUUUUUUUGUCUAAUUAUUUUAUGUAAAUAUUUUUGUCUGAUUUUUUUUUGUCUUUUUCACAUCCAAAACAGUAUGGUUUGUUCGUACUGGAGAAGUGUAUUAGUGUUUUAGCUUAAUGUUAUUGUGAUAUCUAACUUUAUGAAAGAUCUCUAUGUUGGGUGGCCCAGACAAUUACUUGGCUUCAUCAUGGCUCUGACUGCUUAGCAUCUAACUUAACACUUGACACCAAAUCAACAUUUCAUGUGUUGUAUAAUGCACCUAUCAAAUUUUCACAUUUUUCUCUCCAUUCACUCAUUUUGCUUGAAAUAAAUACAAGGGCAGCUCAUCAAUAGACA